GCUCCUUUUAUUCCGACCACAACAGCACUUUGAUGCCUCGACCUCAUUUUACUUGGACAUUUCCCUUAAACAGCCUGUCAUGUGUAACCUUCUGUCAUCCCUUGGUUCUCCAUGGCCGUUAUCGAUGGACCCAAAUUUCGGCAUUGGGUACACAGGCUGAUAUUUACUCCUCGCUCUCUUAAAUUUCUCGCAUUUCUAUGGCUACUGCUGUUGCGUUUGGUACGCAAUAACGAUCCUGAAUUAUAUCGUUGAAGUAUGUCUGUACGCACACUUACACGAGGGAUCCCCGAAGCGCCGACUAUUUAAACCCCGUUGAUUGAGAGGUCUGUAUGGAUACAGCACUAGAGAAAUCCUUGAAUACUGGUUAUGCUGUCGAUUGUCUCCUCGUUGUCUCAUACACGGACCAGAACCAAUUAUGGACUGGCGAUUCGACGGAUUCUUGGGCAGAUUGCAUGGCUAUACACGACGAGAAAAUCGUGGCCAUAGGGAAGCUACGCGAUGUUUAUUUCGAAUGGAAUACUUACGUUGCUACACUGCUACCCGAGAGACCACUACCGAGAUUCGAGAACCUUGGCAUCAUUGAACUAGGCAAGGGCACAAUAAUAAUUCCAGGGUUAACGAAUUCCUACAUCAACAUGGUCGAACAAGGGCGUCAUCGCACUAAAAUAGACCUCGGAGGUGACGAUAUUCGCGGACCACUUGAUGUCGUCAACGCCAUUCGAAAAUUCAUCACUGGACCAAUGGGGCCUCGCGAUAAGACUGAAAUCAUUCGAGGUGCUGCAUGGAACGUGUUAUCAUGGAAUCGCAAAAUAUGGCCUACAGCACAUGAUCUUGAACUUGACACUGUUGUUCAAGGGAGGCCUAUAAUAUUGGAGAGUGAGAGUCACCAUGCGGUAUGGGUGUCUUCUGCAGUACACCAAGAUCUCUGGGUGCGUAAGAAGCUUUGGAUCAACCGCGUACAUAGGCGGGAUAUCUUGAAGGAUACAAAGGGUCGGCCGACGGGCGUAUUUCUGAACGGUGCUGCAGAUAUCAUCAAGGAAGUCUUUCCUAUCACUGAACUGGAGAAACGCAGAAUGUUUGGUGUGGCUACACGGCAGGCGAGGAGGUUUGGCAUGACGGCUGUGCACGACCCAGAUCCCCGUUCAACUGAUUUGUAUAAAAGAUGGUGCGGGCCAGAAGAGGGGCCUCUUCCUCUUCGCGUUUUUGCAACACGAAGGUAUGAUCAUGGUUCUGCAUCAAUCACCGGCGGACACGAAGAGCCAUAUGGACAGAACACGUCAAGGCUGUCCAUUGGUUCUGUUCACCUCUCGGUGGAAGGAGGAUCUUUGACUAACAAUCAGUUUACUUUCAUGGGAACCAUCAAGAAGUGUGCGAACGAAGGAUGGGCAGUGGUUUUCGACAGAGACAAUGAAGCCAAUGAGAUUAUGUUGUCUGCCCUUGAAGGACGAUAUAACCAAGUUUCUCAGUAUCGUAUACGAUUCCACAAUGCACGCAACUUGACUGCCGAGGACAUACACCAAAUCCGAGCCUCUAAAGCAAUAGCUUGCUUACCCCCAGUGAGUACUGGAGCAUCAUGUACAUCCCUACUUACAAGCACGCAGGAUAUGGAUGAUCGGGUUUUGAGAAGCAACAAAAUCAAAGUGAUAUUGGGUUCAGACGCGCCAGUCGACGGUCUUGAUCCUCUCCUCAUGUUUCAAUCAGGCGUCAGCAAGAAUGAAGGUGAGCAUGCUAAAGGUAAAGCUAGGAGGGAGGACCUAAUCAGACAUCGUAUUCAAGUACUUAGAAAGAUGACCAUCAACGCCUCAUAUGCGACUUUCAACGAAGCUUCUUUGGGAUCACUGGCGCCAGGAAAAUACGCCGACUUUGUUUUGCUUUCGCAAAAUAUAUUGGAUCCGGACGUUUCAGUCUCUUCCAUUGCAAAUACGAGAGUUCUCGCUACGGUGAUUGGCGGAAGGGUGCUAUAUGGGAACUUGGCUGAUUGCUUUUCGAGGGCAGACGGAAUGUUGGCUAGGCGGUACGUAGAGGAGUUCAGGAAUGUAAAGUUACACGAUUAAAUUCAAGAUGAUAUACUUACGUACUGAGGCUCCUAGCUAUUAUUUGGUACCCAGUAAAUUGUAAAUGCUGAGUGCCGCAAAGGCUUGUUUCGCC